AUGCCGGGCAGCCCUCUGAACUUCUACUACAUCACCAUGCUGCGCGACCCAGUCUCCCGCUACCUGAGCGAGUGGAAACACGUCCAGAGAGGAGCCACGUGGAAGACGGCCCUCCAUAUGUGCGACGGACGCUCGCCCACCCAGGACGAGCUGCCCACCUGCUACAGCGGUGACGACUGGUCCGGAGUCACCCUGAAAGACUUCAUGAACUGCUCGUCGAACCUGGCCAACAACCGCCAGGUCCGCAUGCUGUCCGAUCUGAGCCUGGUGGGCUGCUACAACCUGUCCUCCAUGAACGAGAGCCAGCGCAACCACAUCCUCCUAAGCAGCGCCAUGAGCAACUUGAAGAACAUGGCCUUCUACGGGCUGACCGAGUUCCAGCGCAAGACGCAGUACCUGUUUGAGCGGACGUUCAGCCUGCGCUUCAUCGCCGCCUUCACACAGAUCAACAGCACGCGAGCGGCCAACGUGGACCUGUGCGAGGCCGUGCGCAGACGGAUCGAGGAGCUCAACUACUUGGACAUGCAGUUGUACGAGUACGCCAAGGACCUGUUCCUCCAGCGGUUCCAGUUCGCCCGCCAGAGGGAGCACCAGGAGGUGCGCUUGAAGAGGCGCGAAGAGAGACGUUGGUUGAGGGAGCAGGGCAGGCCGUGGCCGUCCAAACGCAAAGCGAGCGGAAACAGAGAAGGAGGCUCCGAGAGGGAAACUGACAGUGACUUGCCCGCCACCACUGAGGACUACACGAGCCAAGUGGCCCGUUGGUGA